ACAAAGAUGGAGUACUUAUCUCGCGGAUUUAAGUCAGUUUUGGGCAAUCAGCAAGGUGGUUCUCAACCUUCCCCUCACGAAACGGUUGAAAGAUUAUGUGACCGGGUGGCCUCUUCUACGUUGCUGGAAGACAGACGGGAUGCUGUGCGGGCGCUCAAGUCGCUCUCUAAGAAAUUUCGCCUUGAAGUUGGAACACAGUCAAUGGAUCUCUUGAUAAAUGUUUUACAAACAGACAGGAAUGACACUGAGAUCACAGGUUUAGCUUUACAAACUUUGUGCAACCUGCUUUCAGCUGAUCCAGCUCAAGAUGAAGGUGGUCAGGAUGCCGGUCAAACUGCUUCUGAUGUGGAAUUAGGAGUUCAGUUUACAGAAAUUUUCAUCAAGAAAAGUGAUAAUGUCACUUUGUUACUUGGGCUGUUAGAGGAGUAUGAAUUUCAAGUUAGAUGGCCCACCGUUAAACUUCUUACAGUGUUACUGACGAACAAAAGUUAUCAGCUCCAGCAGUGCAUUCUAGUAAGCCCCAUGGGUGUGUCCAGACUAAUGGACUUACUGUCAGACAGUCGUGAAAUCAUAAGGAAUGAGGGUCUCUUGUUGCUAAUACAGCUCACCAAAUCUAACGCUGCAAUCCAGAAAAUUGUUGCCUUUGAGAAUGCAUUUGACAGACUCCUUGAAAUUAUUACAGAGGAAGGUUACAGCGAUGGAGGAAUUGUUGUGGAAGACUGCCUGCUACUGAUGCAAAAUUUAUUAAAAUUGAAUGUUUCAAACCAAAAUUUCUUUAGAGAAGGAAGUUAUGUUCAGAGACUUACUGCAUUCUUUGAGUUGGAGCAAGUUUCUCCAGCAGCCACUCCUGAAAAUCAAGACAGUUCAUGGUCAACACAGAAAGUGUCAAAUAUCAAGCUUAUGUUACAGCUCGUCAGAGUGUUAGUUUCUCCGGACAACCCUCAACAGGCCACAGCCACUUGUCAGAAAAUAAUGAACCAAUGUGUGCUAUCUGUACAAGAAUGAACAGGGUCAGAAUGACAUUGUGACAACCUUGCUGCCAUCUUCAGCUACAGCCGCGAGUAACAUCUCAGCUGGACAGCUUCUUUGUGCUGGUUUGUUCAGUCCAGACCCUUUGUCCAACUGGUGCGCUGCUGUAGCUCUGUCUCACUGUCUAAAGGGCAACCCCACCCAGAAGGAACAGCUCCUCAGAGUACAGCUGGCAACUAGUGUGGGAAAUCCUCCCGUUUCCUUGCUUCAGCAAUGUACUAACAUGCUUUCGCAGGGUGGAGAGAUACAAACACGUGUUGGUUUGUUAUUGUUGCUGUGUUCGUGGUUAUCCAGUUGUUCCUUGGCUGUGGCUCAUUUUCUUCAUAACUCUGCCAACAUUCCAUAUCUAAUGGCUCAAGUCGAGGUCCAUGGCGAAGAAGCUGACAGACUGGUUGGAGCUCUCUGUUCCCUUCUUUUAGGAAUAUGUUUGGAUAAUAAUGACAAUUCAGAAGAUUCUUGUCAGAAGGACGAUCUUCGAAAUUUGAUAAUCAAAAGAAUAGGAAGUGAUAAUCUUUUGGACAAAAUUAGUUUUAUAUCCAAGUCGGAGUUUUUCACGGCUGCUGUCAAAUCUCCCGAGAUCAAAGUCGAGUCGGAAAAGCAUGUUUUAUUUGAUCAUGAAUUCACCAAGCUGUUCAAGAAGCUGGAAGCUGCUGUGACUAAAGCUAUUGAAGAGGAACCUGCACAACAGCAACUAGCGAACCAUGUGAACGGAAAACCGUCGCAAGGAAUGGAAAACCAUGACUCAAUCAUAUCAUCGUACAAAGAACUUAUCAGAGAACAGGAUGAAGAAAUCGGAAAGCUCAAAUCAAGAUACGGUGACAUGGAGUCGUCUUACAAUCAGGCCCAAGCACAGAUUCAACAACAGUCACAAGAGAUCCAGCAGCUUCGUGAACAACUUCUAGUGGCUCAGACUUUCCAACCCCAGUCAUCAGGCGUGACUGAAUCAUUCUUCACCGAAAACGAGGAAUUAACGAAUCUUAGAAAUCAAGUCAGUGAUCUUCAAAUGAGCAGAGACUCGCUACAGGAGGAUGUCAGAACGAGAGAUGAAAAAAUAGAAAAGUUGGAUAAAGACAUAGAAGUGUGCCAGGCCUCGUUAGCCGUUGCUCAAGCAGCUGCUGAGCUAGCUGCAGGCUCAGAAACUGCAGAAAUCCCAUCAGUGUCAGUGAGCCUUACAAGUCAGCAACUAGAAGAAUUAGAACACUUAAAGCGAACAGUGACAUCACAGCAAGAGGAGUUAGACGUGCUUAGAAAUUUGAACGCAGAACUUGAGAAUGAAAUGGAGGUGAUGAGAGAAGAGGGACUCAAUACGCCAACGAAUAGCACAGAUGAAGUAAAAGCUGAGCUGGAGAAGGCCAGAAUAGAAAGCCACGACAAAAUUAGACUGUUAGAGGAAAAAUUAGCCACCACAGAGAAUGACAUGAGCAGAAUGAUAGAGGAGAAAGCAGAUCUGGAGAAGGAACACGAAGAUCUUUUGGUUAUGCUAACUGAACAAGAUAACAAAAUUAUGAAAUAUAAGAAACUAGCGAAAGAGGCUGGACAAGAGGUGAGCGAAGACGAAGAUGAAGAUGAUGUGGAUGAUGACGAUGUGGAUGACGAUGAUGACGGAGAGGAUGAGGAUGACGGGAAUAAUGAUGACGAUGAAAGUGAAGACGGGUCUGAUAACCACGAAAGUAAUGAAACAGAACACGUCACAGAACAACCAAACACGAAGGAGGAAGCAGAACUGGACGAUGAAGAACUUACGUGAAAUACAAAAUAAUCUAACGUGAAAUAGUUUUAUUGAUGUUAAACGAAAAGCAAGGUAUUCUAAACAGAAGUAGAAUUAUGCCCAUUUUUAACGAUGGUGUUUAUUAAUUUUAAUGAGAGUUUUAACUGCAAUUCACUGCAUCAGUUCCGGGAAAAAUGAAUAAAUCUCUCGUUCUUUGGUGCCCGGAUAAAACGUUCUUAAAAAUUAGGAUUGUGAAAGAUUUUUCAACCUCAUUUAGAGAUAUUGAAAAAAUAUUCAGCUAGGAGAAAAUGUAGCAUCUUGUCUUCGUGGGUUUGUUUCACAGGGGAAAUGAGAUACUUUGGAAAAGAAUCAAAGUCCUUCCCUUAAAAAAAGACAACAAAAAUAUUAAUUUAUAUACUGCCACUUGGGUAUAUUGUGUCGGUUGGUAGAAGCUGGCGUUUUAACGUUCAGUUUUGUUUGAUGCCCAGUUAUGCAAAAAACACGAAAUUUGAACAAGAUUGUUUGUCGAGCACAAAACUUAGAGAAAUACUUUCUUACGGAUCUUUUGAAAAUUGCCCCUUUUAAGCCGAACGUAGAUGACAUGUUUUUAAACCCAUUACAGUAACCAAAUAAAACAAACAUGGGAGAGAAUGAAUAGUACAUCCAUGGUAUCAUAUGGGAACCACAAGCUUGAGUAACUCGCACUUUAAUAUUGUUCUUAGAGAAAGUUCAGUGUGGAAUUAGUCAGGUAAAUUUUAAAAGAAGAUUUUGUCAAUUGGCAUACAGGAAUCGAUGAUUGUUUGCAAAUUUAGUAAGUUCCUAUAUGAAUUGUAAUUAAAGUUAUUUGUGUA